CUCCUAUCAGUCGCCAGAGAGCGCUUUUCACUUACAGAACGCUACUACGCGCUCCGUGAUUGAUUGUUUUUAAAAAAAAAAUAAUAUUAUCUUACUGCGCAAUCGUCUUGUUAAAUUACAUUGUUAAGUAUUCAAAAUACUGUUGGUUUAAUAAACAAUACGCACGCGGUCGUAUGUUUUAAUUUCCGUUACCGUGUUGUAUUGUGUCUAAGUGUGUCACCUGCUACCAACGUGCUCCAAAAAUAAACGCGGGAAACAAUUUAUAAGUGUCUGGUCCAGGCCAGCAUCAUCCUUUUCUCAUCCGCGAGCUGUUUCUCUAACCCCGGUAAAUUUAAAUAUUCUACUGCCUGAAAGGACUAUUUAAAUUUAGUGUCACGGGCAUUGUGCAAUCUGACGUGCUUGGAUAGUAACAAUUGAGAUUAUUCAAAUGGAUUUGAAUUGCGGUACAAUUAUUAUUGCUUAUUAAAAUUCAAAGUCAUAAUAAUUAUUACUAUCAUUGAUUCUAUCAAGCAAAAAAAAUCUAUAGUACGGAUUAUAUUUAAAAUACAAUAUAAAAAAUAAUUUUUAGUUGGUGAAUAAAAUAGUAGUGGUGUAUGUGAAGGAGACUCCCGCUUCUAGCGUUUCGUUUUCGAACACGUACAUAUUCCAACCCAUUCUUCAUUACCUACACAUACGCGAGUGCGUCCAGCCCAGUGUUGCCGGAUUUAAUAAAGUUUUGUUGAGCGGGCUCGACGCCGUUCUCUUCUCGACCCGCUACACGGCGUUGCCAAGAGGAUUAAAAGUUUCGGAAACAGACAACUGUGUGUGUUAUUAUUGAGUAUGUAAUUGUGUAAUAAAUACAAUAAUAAUAAUUGUAGUACUAAUUCAAAUUUAAAUAAAUAACGUAGAUGUGAAAUAAUAAAAAUAAAGUAAAAUUACUUUGAAGAAGAUUUAAAAUAUAAAAAUUGUGUAUGGAGUUGAAAGAAUUAUUUUUAUCUGAAAAAUUAACUUGCAACGUUUGUCACGUACAUUUAAGUGAAAUUAAUUUUAUAAAGUAAAUAACGUGUAGUUAUUUAAAUAUUUUGUGUGACAAUUUAAAUAAAUUUUGUGUUAAAAAGCAACAAGAGAACGUGAUAGUUUUCUCCCGCCUUCAAAACGACUUGGGUUUUCGUAUACAUUUAUAUAUGUAUAUAUAAACAUAUAUGAGUGUGUAGAUAUAAAUGUGUAUAUAUAUGUGUAUUGACCAAGUACGACGUCAGAAACUCGUUCGAAACGUACCAAGAGACAGGGAGUGCGCGGUUGCCAAGUUUUUAAAAAGUUGCGCGCGCAUCGACUGACUGUACGCCUGAGGCCACUGGAAGGAAGGCCGUGUGUGUGAGUUCUCGUGUGUGAGUGUGUGUUACUGAGAGAGAACACGCCUCAUAAUAUAUUGGUGUGUUGGUGGACCGAUUGGUGGUGCUGGUGUACAUAACGUGUGUGUGUAUAUCACUCGGCCCCAGAGAUUCCUGGAAAAUUGUCCUCGUGCUUCUUGAGCCCACGGUAUAUCGCGCCAACAAAUUUUGUGACGCUCUUGUAGUAUUGUUGAGCCACACGAUUUCUCCAUCGCUUAAACGCCAAUGCUGCCACGCGGGAUAUUUGAAAUUAUAUACCGGUGACUUUAAAUUUUUUAAAUUUAUAUAUAAAUUAAUCUAGUUGUUUUUAAAAAAACAACUUCAGACAGUAUAACUUUAUUUGUUUUUUCUUCUUUUAUCAUAAUAAAAAUAAUAAUAAUAAUAGUUGUUAUUAUUAUUAUUAUUUAUAAUAAAUAAAAGACGAGCUGAGAUUGGUGAUAAGCAAGAGGCAAAAUAAUGAGCGCGAGAGUAAUGAAUCCAGCGAUGAUGACUGAAAGUCGUAAACUAAGUGGUUCUGUUGGAGGUGGUGGCGGCGGUGGCCGUGUUGUCCCAAGUCGAGCUGAUCUCGCUAAAGUAAGACGGGAUUUAUUUGGACCAGUUGAUCAUGAAGCUGCGCGGGCGUUUGUUGAACGUGAGUUAAAAGCACAAUCUGUACUGGAUGCUGAACGCUGGGGCUUCGAUUUCCGUCUGGGACUACCGCGGAAUAGUUUGCGCUACGAUUGGGAAGUCUUCAGCCAUGAAGAAGUCGUACCCGAGCCCUAUGCACUCCGAGGUAUGCCUUACUUACGUAAACAUGCACCAGGUACACCGAGAAAAAAUAGUGAACGCAGUGUAUCAUCGGUGACAAGACGUUCAACCUCGUUGUCGCCAAUGAACGCGGAUACUGGUGCGAACAGAGCUGGUAAAGCUGAGAGGACACCACCGCAAGAGCCAAGGGUACCGGAAAUUGGAGAAACGGGUGAUGAAUUCAUCGGGGAAUGCAGGAAAAAACACUGCCCGAUCAUAGAACCGACAACGCCAGUUUUGCCUGUAACUGCGAGGAAGCAAUCAAGUAUCACCGAUUUCAUGAAGACCCGCAAACGUACGUCAAGUAGCACGAAGAAAAGUAGUAUUGAGCCGCCAGAAAAAUUGCCACGUAACGCGGGUCAGAUACGCAGCUAAACUUUUUAUUUAUCUUCAUUGGAUCGUGUCUUCCUCUUAAUAAUCAUCUGACUACGACGACGUCUAUUGCAAUUGUGGCCUCUGAAAAAAAUAUUAACAACUAAACAACUUUUCUUACAAUAGAUUAUUUUUGUUUCGUAGCAUAAUUAAAGUAUAAAUAUAAAUAUAUAUUAUUAUAAUUAACUAGAGUCUUAAAGCAUUAGAUUUAAAAGCUAAAUGAACGCGUUUAUGUCCCUGCGUCCAGUGAUAUAUUGAAACGUUAUAAAAAAUAAUGAUAAUAUUAAUUGUUAAUUAAUUAAUUAAUUAAUUGAUCAAUUGUCUGAGCGUGAAAAGUUUAACGAGUGCCACUUAUUGAGGAUCGGUAAUAAAUUUAUCAUAAGAUCCUUUGGCUGUGCCAUUCACGUUUAAGAUUUACUUUACUGAGACGCAUUCAACCACCAAAUGAUAUACAAGAGGAUUAUUAAUAGGUAUCGAGUGAAGGAUCAAAUGAUUAUUUAUAAAUUUAUAAUAAACGUUUGUUUAUAUUUUUUUUUUUUUUUUAUGUUAAAAAUUCAUUGUUUUAAAUUCCUCGACGUUGGUUUAUCGGCUAUUAUUUUGUGUUUAAUUUAAAUUCAUUUAAACAAUUGAUCGGGCCGCGUGGAACUGAAACGAGAAGAGAUUAUUAUUGAAAAGAGAAAAAAAAAUAAUUAAUUAAUUAAUUAAAUUUAAUAAAUUACUAAUUUAAGGAUAAGAAUUAUUGAUUGUAAGAAAAAUAUUAUGGGAGAAUUUAUUAUCGAAAUUUAUUUGUAAUAUAUAUAUACUUAUAAUUAUAUUAUAUUGUAUGUCUUUU